AUGUCAAAUCCACAGGAUGCGUCUCCGCGAGCUUCAUCUUCGCAGCCCGCCUCUUCGCGGACUUCCACCGAUACUCUGUCCGCAUCAGGUCCCGCUCCGCGAGCUCCCACCACCCGCCGAAAUCGCGCUGCUCUCCGCGACUAUUACAAGAUCAAGCCAAGCGAGUCUCCGUUGAAGAAUGGGACCGACCAGGCGAAUCGAGAUGGCGGACCAGAUGACGAGGAAAGCGAGCUUGAUCGGCCGGGAUUCGAUUCCGAGAAAUAUGUCAAGGACUUACUGGAAACGAAGGGGCUCCAGGACAUAUUACGCGUGGAAGCUGGGUUGCUGAGUGCAGAGAUCCGUGGUUUGGACGGGGAGCGGAAAGCUCUGGUAUAUGACAAUUACUCGAAAUUGAUCGCUGCCACGGAUACCAUUCUCAAGAUGCGAACGAACAUGGAUCCGAUGACGCCUGCGACAUCCACCUUAUCUCCUGCCAUAUCGCACAUCGCGGAGACAGCUUCUACGUUGUCAAACAAUUUACGUUCUCGUGCAGGACAGCAUCAGAGAGACGCAGCCGGAGGAGACACUCAACCGUCCGAGAAAGAGAUGCAACGACAAACUGUCCAAUGGGCGCUGGAUACUCCUCGCCGACUGCGCCAGUUUCAGGAGCAAGGCGACAUCGACGCUGCAGCGGCAGACUGGGACGAAAUCCAGGCCCUCCUAGAUAACUGGACCGGUGUUCAGGGAGUCGAGGAGCUCCGCGCCGAGUGCGUGUCAAUCCUCGAGGCCAAAACAUAA